AGGAGCUUCCUGAGCCGGGAGGACAUCGGGAUCAUCCUGAUCAGCCAGUGCCUGGCGGAGCUGAUCCGGCACGCGGUGGAGGCGCACGCCCGGCCCCUGCCCGCCGUCCUGGAGAUCCCCUCCAAGGAGCACCCCUACGACCCCGCCAAGGACUCCGUCCUGCGCCGCGCCCGCGGCCUCUUCACCCCCGACGACCUGCGCUAG